GCACCAGGCUGCGGGCGGACUCUUAGUACGGGGCCCCCCCCUUCGCCGCCACGAGGAUAAGAAGAAUCGCAAAGGUUUGUUGUGCUCUUUACGGAUGAUUUGGGUCACAUAUCUCAAUGGCAUGCCAUCAUGGCAGGAAGCUUGGCUGGCAUGGUUGCAACCGUAGCAACUUACCCAACUGAUGUCAUUAAAACCCGACUCAUUGUGCAGAACCGAUUGGAACCAUCUUAUAAAGGAAUUCUUCAUGCUUUCUACACAAUAUAUCAUCAAGAGGGAUUCCUGGCUCUCUAUCGUGGUGUUUCGUCAACUGUUUUAGGCACUGUCCCAUUUUCUGCUGGCUCAUUAUUCGUGUAUAUCAACCUGGACAAAAUCUGGCGAGAGCCUAGCAAUCACUUCACUCCCCUCCAGAACUUCAUCAAUGGCUGUCUUGCUGCUGGUGUAGCACAGACACUUUCCUUCCCCUUUGAAACUGUGAAACGGAAAAUGCAGGCUCAGAGUCCGUACCUUCCCCACUAUGGAGGAGUUGAUGUGCAUUUCACUGGCAUGAUUGACUGCUUUAGGCAAACGGUGAAGCACAAAGGUGUGCUUGGACUCUGGAGUGGACUCACGGCCAGCCUGCUCAAGGUCGUCCCAUACUUCGGUAUCAUGUUUAGCACCUUUGAAUUCUGCAAGCGGGUCUGUCUCUACAGAAAUGGUUAUAUUGAAUCUCCGUUAAGCUACAAGCUCACUCCUGGAGUGGACCAAAGUUUACAGCCACAGGAACUGCAAGAAUUGAAGCUGCUUCGAAGAGGAAACUUCGAGUCGAGGAAACUUCAAGCCAAGGAAACCCACUCUUGAAAACUGAGCUGGGAAGCGCACGGCCUGGAUGGUAGGC